GUAAAGGUCAUGAAAGCUGGGUAUGUGGUUGCGUAGGAAUACAAAGACGCUAUAUAAUUGAGGGACGGAAUACCCAUUUACGCCGCGGAAACCAACAAUCAUCGAGCUCUUGUCUACCCAAAUUCUCUAAUUCCAUACCCCCAAGCUGCAUACGAUGGCGAACAAUGUCGUGCUUCACUUCCGGGCCGAGGCUGCUCCUCUUGGUUACCUGGCCAUCUUGACCCCUGAAUCGACACGCCAGCUCGUUGAAGCUGGGAUGAAGGUUCACGUCGAACGCAGCACGGUUCGUUGUUUUGCCGACCAAGAGUAUGAAGCCGUGGGCGCGAAGCUGGUCCCCCCUGAUUCGUGGCCCGAUGCUCCAAUCGAUCACAUCAUCCUCGGCAUCAAGGAGCCCGAGAACCUCAAGGACAUCCAGGCGCUAAAACACACACACAUCUACUCGGGAUACUACUACAAGCAGCAGAAGAACUCGGUCGAGGGACUGCAGCGGUACAUUCGCGGCGGUGGUACCUUCCUCGACCUGGGCUCGACGAAGCACGGGAUCGGCAACCAGACCGACGUCUUCGGUCGCUUCACUGGCAUCGGCGGCUUCGCGGCGGCGUUGAAGGCCUGGAGACAUCAGCUGGAGCAUCCCGAUGGCGUGACACCCAUGCAACCUGUCAAGAUCCAUGACUCUCUGGAGUCUCUUGUCCAGGAGGCCAAGGCCAACCUUGACAAAGGCAUCGAGAUCACCGGGCGGUAUCCCCGCGUUGCAAUUGUAGGCCCGGCCGGACGCACUGGCUCUGGGUGUCUCUCGCUCUGUCGGGCAGUGGGCAUCCCCGAGAACAACAUCUUGAAAUGGGGCCGAGAGGAAACUUCUCGACCAGGACCGCGCGACGACCUACUGCAGAGCGACAUCCUGGUGAACUGCCUCUACACGAACCGGCGCAUCAACCCUUUGAUCGACGACCAGGCUCUCAAGAGGCCACGGAAGCUGUCCAUCAUCGUCGAUAUCUCGUGUGACUACCAGGGUCCCUACCACGCGCUCCCCAUCUACUGGCAGCCCUCGCACUUCGACAACCUCGCCAUGCCCGUUUCGGUGCCCUUUGGGCCACCUCUGACGGUCGUGGCGUGCAACUAUUACGCCGCCAUGGUCCCCCGAGACACGAGCGAGUACGCGACCAAGGCCCUGCUGCCAUUCUUUACUUCUCUGAUUGGGUGGAAACAGGGGGAGACAUGGCGCAAGCUCGAGCGCCUGUUCUGGGUCAAGAGCGACGCGAUUCCUCAGAGCGAGCGGCUUGCAAAACUAUAGGCUUGUUCUGUUAGCAGCAUCACAUCUUGUAAUUAGCUAAUUAGCUUUUCAAUAAGUACCAUUCAUUCUCAGACCUCUGGGCCUACACUCGCAAGACCAAGCUCUAAUUAUAUAAUUAUCUCCUUGUUAGUACUACGUAUAUAUAGAUUCUCAUUCACACAGGAUCCAAAGAUUGAAAAUAGACCUCUGCCAUUGCCUCCAAGUAUUCUAGGGAUUCAGGUUCGUGUCUUUGUGUGAAGUGUUAACUACCUGCCUAAAAUGGCAGACUGUAGCCCGGGUCUGUUGGAGCAGCAGGCACCGGACAAAUCCCGGUCCCGAAUGUUGGUCGUGACGGGAUCCCAGGGGCGAAUGUCACAAUACCUAAGGUCUGUUGGUUGGGCGGAGUUCCCC